UCUCUCUCUCCAUCAAAAUGACUACUAAUCUUAAGCUUCCGAUCACUCCGAAACUCAUUCUCUCUGGCUUAGCAUCUCUCGUCGUGAUCACUCUCUUCUUCAUCUCCAGAACCGGUUUCUCACCGUCUUCAGCUCAGCCAGCGCCAGAAAAAACUAUCCAAAUCUCCAGCUCCUCCACCGGAACUAAACUACAUAGUCCAGAGUCCGUGCAUUGCGGUAAGAUCCCUCCUUCACUCGCCGACGCUCUCAUCCACUAUGCCGCAUCCAAUGUCACUCCCCAACAAACACAUUCCGAAAUCUCGGUCACCAAGAAGGUCUUAGACAAGAAGUCACCAUGCAACUUCCUUGUGUUUGGUCUGGGCUACGACAGCUUGAUGUGGGCGUCACUAAACCACGGAGGAAGAACUAUCUUCUUAGAGGAGAACGAGUCAUGGAUACGUCAGAUCGCUGAGAAGUUCCCGUCUCUUGAAUCUUACCACGUACGUUACGACACCAAGGUAAAGGACGCGGCGGCUCUGAAGACGGCGGAGAGAGAUAGAGAAGAGUGCCGUCGCCGUGUGUCGACUGAUCUUAGAGUUUCUAAGUGCGAGCUUGCGCUGAAGGGCUUGCCGGCUGUGGUUUACGAGACGGAAUGGGAUUUAAUCAUGGUGGAUGCUCCUACGGGGUAUCACGAUGAAGCUCCCGGGAGGAUGUCGGCGAUUUAUACGGCGGGGAUGAUCGCAAGAAACCGGAAGGGAGAUGGCGAGACGACGGCGGUUUUUGUGCAUGAUGUGGAUAGGACUGUGGAGGAUGAGUUCUCUAUGGCGUUUCUGUGUAGGGAUUACUUGACGGUACAAGAAGGGAGGCUCCGCCAUUUUACGGUGCCUAGUCACCGGGACUCUAAUAUCGCCGGCGGUGAAUACUGUCCCUAAUCCGCCGAAGAUAAUAAUUAAUUUUAAUUUUUUUUUUAUAUAUGUUUGCUGUGAGACUAUCUAAAUGAAAUCUAAAUUCAACGUCUUAAUC